GCGGAGCACUUGUUGCACUGGGAGAUAAUGAAGCACUGAUCACAGGUCUCCUACUUCUUCCACUGGCAAUGGCUAUGCUCAUUUAUGCCACGAUUAUGUACUACCUACGGCUGUAUCGGCUGAAGCAUACUUCAAAGACUGGAUACCAGGAUGCAUUUGGUCCUGCUGUGUUGACAUUGUUUCUGUGUGUGGCCAUUCUGUCAAUGCUCAGUUUACAAUCCAGGAAUUAUCUGAAACGACUGGAAAAGGAAAACUUAAUUGGGAAUGGUUUUCGUAAUAUUCUACACGAAUCCAGCCGCUGCCACAAGCUCAACACGACUUUCCCCGUAUUCUUUGAACCAAGUGACGUGGUGUUAGAUCCAUCGGGGCGGUACCUGUGGGCGUGUUCAGGCAACAUCGUAGCCAAAAUAAAUAUCUACACUGAAGUUUUGGAAGAAAGCAUACAUGUCAGAGGGAAGGAGAAGUACGAUUUUCAAGGACUUACUUUCACAAAGGCAGAUAAACCUCAAAUCAUAUACAUCGCCACUGAGUUCCCAACCAACCGAAUUCUGGUGUAUGAUCUUCAAAAGAGAACGGUUUUAGAUGUUGUAGAAAUGAAACACCUUUUAGGUCGUGAUCCUAGCUUCGGGGGCAUUGCUUACAGUGACAGUGUUUGGGUCGGCAGCGGAAAGAUGGAGAAAAGGCAUGGAACCUUCUUCGCUACCUCAGAACAAUUCAUCCAGAUAUUCACCUUCAUCACCAACAACAGCACCUCCGAAUUGCAUUUACAUCCAGUGGCAUUACAAUCUUUACACGUCCACGAGAAAAUCGGUGCUUUGAGUGUUUAUAACAAUACUUUGUAUGCAUUAUUGGAUAGCAAAGGCGUUGUCCGUUCCUGGAACAUGGAGACUUCAGAAAGUCGGGAUUUUGAAAUACCUACCACAAGUCAACUGUUGGAGGGUAUUGCAUUUAGGUGGGGAGGGAAUAUUUCAUCUUCCUCGGACGAAACUACUGUAUUUGUAAGCUUGAACACGCCACCUCAAAUUUGGAGACUGACUUUUUCGCAAGAGAAAGGCUUCUUGGAAUGCUAAUGAAUGAAAAGACAAAAUAAAUCAUAACUAGAUAUAGCUUCUUUGGCAAUUCACUGUAAUAAGUACAUUUUCCAUCGACAAAAAAAAAAAAAAAAAAAA